GCGGGGCUGCGGCCGCCGCCGAGCGCUCGGCGGAGAGGGCUCCGGAGCCGCGGCCCCCAUUAUGCUCAGCCAUGGCGUGGCUGCCGGGCGAGCUGGCCGAGCUGCGCUGGGGCGCGAUGGUCGCCCUGUUCGUGGCGGCGCUGGCCACGCUGGCCGUGUACCUGGUGCAGUACGCGCUGCUGGCGCUGCGCCGCCGCCGCCGCCGCCGCCGCCCGCCGCCGCCUCUCCCGGCUCCCGCCGCUCCCGGCCCGCGGGACGAGCUGCUGGACGAGGGCGGCUCGGUGCUGGCCUGGGCGCUGUCGCGGGGCAGCUGGAGGCGGCAGUGGUGGCGGGCCUGGGUGGCCGCGCUGCGGGCCGAGGCGGCGGAGCGGGCGGAUUCUCAGUUGCUCACGUUUGAGGAAGAUGACCAACCAGAACCACUUGAGCUGGCAGUUAAAGAAGUUAUUAGUGUUGUAAAGUCAGCUGAAGAGAAGGUGGUUUCUUGCAAUGUUGUGGGGGAUUCUGUAAGGUUUGUUGUCGCCGUCUCUGACUCUUCGCCCGCGGCCGCGGAACCUCAGUCCUACAGUGUGAAACUGUCUCCACUUCACUUGCAGCUCCAGCUCUCCGUGAAAGACAAAGGAGAAGAUGUCAAAGUUGAGUGGUUCCUCAUUAACACUGAUGAAAUCAACUUUGAAAUCCAGCCAGCAGUGCAGGAGGGACAGGCAGCAGGGACACGUGCAAUACCUGAAACGCUCAGAGAUGUCUUGAAGAACCUCUUUAGCUCAGCUUCUCCAUCUGUGGUGUUGAGUGUGAGGCCUGCAGAUACAAAGGAGGUUCAGAAUGUACAGAACACAGGCCUUCUCCCUCAGGGCACUAGUCCUCCCAAACCUCCAAGGGCUCAUGAACUCAAGCUGCUGGUGAAGAACAUCGCGGUAAACCCGCCCCAUCACCGUGCUGCAGGCAGCACAGACCUUGUGUGUAUAGCUCAGUUGAAUGACCCUAUGCAGAAGUUUUCCAGCUCUGUAGCCAAAAAUGCUGCACAUCCCUUUUGGAAGGAAGAGUUUAUCUUUGAACUAAGUGCCAAAUCAAAAGCAUUGCAACUGCAAAUAGUAGAAGAUGGAAAGAUGGAUAGUCCUUUAUCUGGGAAGGUGACUGUACCUCUGGACUUGUUCAGGAAACAACCCUCUGGCCAGCAAAGCUUUGCCCUGAACAGUGAGGCCAGUGAGGGCAGCUCGGAGCCAGGGCCUGGGCUGGGAUCCAUCAGUGCAGAGUUCUCUUUUAUAGAACCCAGUGAACUGAAGACAAGGCAAGUCUCCUCCCCAGUGCUGGCCACCAAGAUAGAAAAGGAUCGCACUGUGAUGCCCUGUGGGACUGUGGUCACUACUGUCACUGCUGUGAGAACCAAACCUCGUCUGGAAGGGAGAGCAUCUCCCCUCAGCACAGAUUCUCCUGUGAAAACUCCAGUUAAAGUAAAAGUGACUGAAAAGGAUUUCUCUGUUGAAGCUCUCCAUUCUCAUGGUGCUCCAGUCAGCAAAACUUUGUCAUCUUCAGACACAGAGCUGCUGGUACUGAAUGGCACAGAUCCUGUGGCAGAAGCAGCCAUUCGGCAGCUGAGCGAGUCUGCAAAGCAGAAGCUGAAGUCUCCUAGAAAGAAAAGCACCAUUAUCAUAUCAGGGGUGUCCAAGACCUCUUUAUCUCAGGACAGUGAAGCUUCACUCAUGAUGGACUAUGCUGCAGCCAUGGACAGCUCCUGCAAAGAAGCAGAUCCACCCCCUGUGGAGGAAGCUGUUGCAAAAACCACCCCUGAUGAAAAGCUGUCAGUGGGCCCCUCAGAAACAGUACCUGACACUGGCCCACAGCACAGCACCCAGAAGGCCUGGGGUUUGGAGAAUGGCAGCCAACAGUGGGACACCAGCACCCUCUUAGACCAGACCUCUGAAGAAAUAUCUGGGAGCUCACUGAGCGUUUCAGAAAGUGGGAGCAUGAAAAAAUCCAAAGGUGGGAUUCUGAAAAAAAGCGCGAAGCUCUUUUUCCGCCGGCAGCACCAUCAGAAGGAUCCAGGAAUGAGCCAAUCCCACAACGACCUCGUGUACCUGCAGCAGCCCCUGUCAGAGGAGAGCCGCAAGAAGGGAGGCACCCUGUCACGAAUCCUGAGCAGGAAGCUGCUUUCCAGAAACAAAAGCAAGAGCAAACUGAACGGUGCUCCGGGAGAACCGUACAUAUAAGACCGGACCCUCUGUGCUGGGAUACUUGCACAUCAGUUGAGCAUUUGUUUACAGAGCAGUGCUAGAGAGUACAAAUAUGGCUGAUGACUCACAUAAAAGGAUGUUCACUAAUACAGUGGUCUUCUUUCGUUUGUUUUACCAAAACGCUUUUUCUCUCUGAUGAUGAAGUUGCUCCUCCAAAUGCAAGCAGUGCUACAUUAAUCGUGAAGGCUCUGGAGAACCACGUGGUUUAUUGUGGAAGAUGAGGGAGGAUGGGGAAUGGUGCAGGUGGGGACCAAGAAGGCUACUGGUAUCCUGGAAUACAUCAGGAAGAGCACUGCCAGCAGGUCCAGGAAGGUGAUCCUGCCCCUCUGCUCAGCCCUGGGAGGCACAUCUGCAGUGCUGUG